AUUACAAGUUUUUCCCGUUCGAUCAAGACUGUUAUGCGUUCGCUCCGCUUUCUAUUGGCAAUUACUGCCAGCAUCCUGUUUAGCCAAGCACUGUCGGCGGCAGCCGAUUCUACGGCUCGCACAGUCAGUGCUUCUCCGAACAACAAGCUCGAGCGCCGGUUUCUCAGGGACGGUGAGGCAGCGGAGCCUCAUACCGGUGAGAACACUGAAGAGAGAGCGAUCAUUAGCUUCGGAAGGGAUAUUGUUUCCAACAAGGCGGAUACAAAAAAACUGUUGCAGGAUCUUCUUAAAGAAAAUAUGCCGGUUAGGCAGUUCAAGGAGGAGUUCCUGAACAUCCCGUCGACCAUUACAUCGUUCGACGAGUUGGUCAAACACCAGAACUGGAAGGCCCUCGUCAAAUACCAAAGAAUGAAGUUCGAGAAAGACCAUGGUGUGAAGUUGCCGUACGCGAUUUUGGACAAGAAGCAGCUAUCCAAGGAGCAGACGCAGGAACAGCUUUUGAAAUGGCUUUUGGAGAAAAGACCGGUGAAGACAGUGGGCGAAAAUCUAGGUGUGUGGAGCGUGCCAAACAGUUAUCCGAUCCUUCACCAGAAUUGGAGAGCGUUCAAGAUGUACGAGAAAUUGUUUGCCGAGCUUCAACAUAUACAGACAGACCCGAAGCGAUACGCUCAGUUUAUUCGAACGGAAGAGAAGGCGAAGGAGAAGCUCGUAGACUUGGUCAUAGCGAAAACUCCUUUUAAGGAUAUCCUUCAGACAUUCGAACUCACUGGUUUGUCGGCGUCAACGAUGGCGAAACACCAGAACUUUCCUGCGCUCCUGGCGUUCGUGAAACUUAAAGCCGAGUAUAAAGCGGUGGAAAAAGCUUGGGCAGCUGCCAACCCUCAUAUUCGUAGAAAUACAUAGGCCAUCGCUUAAUAGAAUACGAAGGCAUUUGUUUUCAAAAUAGAAGGACACCUUUCAUCAUCAU